AUGUUCAGACAAGCGACUCGUGGUGCUGCUCUUCGUCAAUCGGUCCGCCUCGCCCCCCGGGCCCGCGCUCCCAUGGUGAGAUACAACUCGCUGAAGCUGGGCGACAACUUCUCCGACGGCCCCAACGGCAAGCUCGGCAUCCUCGUCGCCCUCGGUUUGAUCGGCGGUGUCGGCUACUGGGCGUUGCUGGGCCCCAAGACCCACACCCGCGACAUCCCCAUCAAGGACGCCGCCGGCAACACCGUCGGCGAAGUCGAGGAAUCGUGGUCGGAGGUCAACUACGACCAAUUGCUGAACCAGGUGUUCGACUCGUUGGCCGGGGUGUUGGGCAAGGACAACGCCCAGCAGUUGAAGAAGCAGGUCGACCAGGCGAUCAAGGACGGCAAGAAGAUUGCCAAGGAGCAGUGGAACGACACCAAGGAGUUCUUUGCCCAGUCUGACAGCACCGACACCUUCAACGAGAUCUUUGACCAGAUCAACGGGGUGUUAGACCCUAAGCAAGCUAAGGAUUUGAGAGAAAAAGUCGAGUCGAGCUGGAACCAGGCCAAGCAAGCCGGUAAGCAGGCUUUGGAACAGGGCAAGCAGGCGGCCAACGACACUGCCAAGAAGGCCAGGGAUGCGUUCGACUCGACUGCCGGCAACCAGAAGGACGCCUACAACGAGAUCUGGGACCAGAUCCAAGGGGUCAUGGGUAAAGGUGAGGCUGAAGACUUGAGAGCUAAGUUGGACCUGGCGGCGAAGUCCGUUAAGGACACCGCCCAGUCGACGGUGAACAAGGCGUCGAAAGCAGUGAAGAAGGCCACCAACACCGACGACGACACCUACAACGAGAUCUUUGCCCAGUUGGAAGGGUUCUUGGGUAAGGAGCAGGCCGCGGACUUGAGAAAGAAGUUUGCUGCCACCGCCAAGGACGUCAACAAGAAGAUCGAACAGUUCCAGAAUUCGGACCAGGCCAAGGAAUUGCUGAAGGACUUUAGAGUCGCCGAGGUCAUUUCCGAAGAGUAA